GAGCGCACCGAGCCGAGCUCCCCUAUGUUCCACGCAGAGCAGCGCUCCGACACGGGGAGACGGCUGCACUGAGGCCCCGCGCGGCGCGGUGCGGUCAGUCCAAAACACACGGGGAGGCACGCGGUCUGUGGAUCAUACACCAUCUUCCGCCGUGGCCGAAGACAAUCAGCGGCAGAAGAAAAAAACGCAAACCUCCUCCUCUCCCUCUUCACCGUGAAGGAUUGAGAGAAAGAGAGGAAAGGAGAGAGAGAGACAGAGGGAGAGAGAGGAAGACAUAGAGGGAGAGAGAGAUUUGCAAGCUCCCUUUUCUUUCACUGCAAUUGACUUGUUGAAGAAAUAAAAGGAAGAAAUAAGAAGAAGGAGGGCAGAGAGAGAGAAGAAAAGCAUAAGCUUGGAUAUUGAACAGAGGGGGCCAUGUGGAUUUUGGCUCUUAUCUUUUCCCAGUGCAUCUUGAAUGUUUUCUGUGAAGAUCUACAUUCCAGCUUAUAUUUUGUCAAUGCAUCUCUGCAAGAGGUAGUCUUUGCCAGCACCACAGGGACAUCGGUGCCCUGUCCCGCCGCAGGCUUGCCCCCUAUCUCACUGCGCUGGUACCUGGCCACCAGCGAGGAGAUCUAUGAUGUGCCAGGGAUCCGCCAUGUACACUCCAAUGGCACCCUUCAGAUCUUCCACAUCCUCCCUUCCAGCUUUAGCAAACUCAUCCACGACAACAGCUACUAUUGCACAGCAGAGAACCCCUCAGGGAGAAUCAGGAGCCAAGAUGUCCACAUUAAGGCCGUCCUACGAGAACCCUACACAGUCCGGGUGGAGGACCAGAAGGCCAUGAGAGGAAAUGUGGCGGUAUUCAAGUGCAUUAUCCCUGCCUCAGUGGAGGCCUACAUCACUGUUGUGUCCUGGGAGAAAGACACAAUAUAUAUCAAUGCGGAAAUGUCACGGUUUCUCAUCACAUCCACGGGAGCCCUGUAUAUCCUGGAUGUGCAAAUGGAGGACGGGCUGUAUAACUACAGAUGUAUGACACGCCACCGGUACACCGGAGAGACCCGACAGAGCAAUAGUGCCCGCCUUAUUGUCUCAGACCCUGCUAACUCAGCGCCACACAUCCUGGACAGCUUUGAGCGGCGCGAGGUGAUGGCGUCUCAUCGAGUGGAGUUGCCCUGCAAGGCCUCCGGUCACCCCGCACCAAAAUACCGCUGGCUAAAGGACAACCGGCCGCUGGAGCCCGACACUCGCUUCAGACAGAGUGUGACAGGCCUGUUGAUUGAGAGAGCGCAGCCCGGCGACACAGGGACAUACGUAUGUGAGGUGUGGAAUGGAUACGGCAAUGCUGAGGUGAUCGGCAGGCUGCUGGUAAAAGAGGCCCUGAAGGUCGUGGUGAGCCCUCGGAAGGUGAAGGGCAGCGUGGGGAGCCAGGUUUCGUUGUCGUGCAGUGUGACCGGUUCCGAGGAGUACCAGUUGUCCUGGUACCGCAACGGAGAGCUCAUUUACCUCAGCAACAGCGUUCGCAUGACGGGCCAAAACAGGGAGAACCUCGUCAUGGCGGGAAUGGCCAAGAGCGAUGGAGGAGCCUAUCAGUGUUUUGCCAGACACGGCAAGAUGUCCGCCCAGGAUUUUGUUCAAGUCAUACUGGAAGAUGGCACGCCCAAAAUUUUGGCUUCAUUCAGCGAGAGGGUCUACAACAUCAAUGAGUUUGUGUCGCUGUCGUGUAUGGUGAAGGGCACUCCGGAGCCCCGGGUCACGUGGACCCUGGACGACGAGCCCGUUGUCAGGGAUAGUUACCAUCGCAUCUCCCACUACGGCAACGCUGAGGGCCACAUGGUCAGCCACCUCAACAUCAGCCAGACCCAGGUUCCCGACGAAGGGGUGUACCGCUGCAUCUGCAACAACUCGGCUGGGACAGUUUCCCACCAGGCGCGAAUAAACGUAAAAGGGCCUGCAAGCAUCAGACCAAUGAAAAACCUCACCGCCAUAGCUGGGCGGGACAUGCUCAUUCACUGCCCCGUCAUUGGCUACCCGUACUAUUCCAUCAAGUGGUACAAAGACUCCAAUUUGCUGCCAUUCAACCACCGCCAGCGGGCCUUUGUGAACAACGGCACCCUAAAGCUGUUUGACAUGCAGAAGGACGUGGAUGAAGGCGAAUACAUGUGCAACGUGCUGGUGCAGCCGCAGCUCUCCACGCACCAGAGCGUCUAUGUUACUGUGAAAGUUCCACCCACCAUCCACCUAUUUGGGUUCCCUCGGUUGUCCAUCGGCCAGCGAAUCUUCAUCCCCUGCGUGGUGAUGUCGGGCGACCAACCCGUCUUCAUCACGUGGCAGAAGGAUGGUCGGCCCAUCCCGGCCAGCCUGGGUGUCACUAUUGAGAACAUCGACUUCACCAGCUUCCUUCGCGUCUCCAACCUCACACUGAUGCACAACGGCAACUACACCUGCAUUGCACGCAACCAGGCUGCCGCCGUGGAGCACCAUAGUCAGCUCAUCGUCCAAGUUCCUCCCAAAUUUGUGGUGCAAACAAAGGACCAGGACGGUAUAUAUGGAAAGGCAGUGAUACUGAACUGCUCAGCUGAAGGCUAUCCUGUUCCUACCAUCCAGUGGGAGUACUCUAUAGGUGCCGGGGUCCCUCAGUUCAGACCCAUCAUCCUCAACUCAGGCUUUCGGAUCGAGGUGCUGAUCAACGGCUAGCUGUUCAUCAAGCACGUGCUGGAAGAAGACAGUGGCUUCUACCUGUGUAGAGUCAGCAACGACGUUGGAGCUGUCAGCAAGUCCAUGUAUCUCAAUGUCAAAAUUCCUGCCAUGAUCACAUCCUACCCCAACACCACUCUGGCCACGCAAGGGGAAGAGAAGAAGAUGAGCUGCACGGCCCACGGUGAGAAGCCCAUCAUGGUGCGCUGGGAGAAGGAGGAACGCAUUAUUAACCCCGAGACC